AUGGCCGACUCUUUGACUGAAGAACAGGUCUCCGAGUACAAGGAGGCCUUCUCCCUAUUCGUAAGUAGUUAUCGUCGCCAGAUCACCACCAAGGAGUUGGGCACUGUCAUGCGCUCUCUGGGCCAAAACCCCUCUGAGUCGGAACUCCAGGACAUGAUUAACGAGGUUGACGCCGACAACAAUGGCACCAUUGACUUCCCUGAGUUCCUGACGAUGAUGGCGAGAAAGAUGAAGGAUACCGACUCUGAGGAGGAGAUCCGGGAGGCUUUCAAGGUUUUCGACCGCGAUAACAACGGCUUCAUCUCCGCUGCCGAAUUGCGUCACGUCAUGACCUCCAUCGGCGAGAAGCUUACCGAUGACGAAGUUGAUGAGAUGAUCCGCGAGGCGGAUCAGGAUGGUGACGGCCGGAUUGACUACAACGAGUUUGUCCAGCUCAUGAUGCAAAAAUAA